ACCUUGAUUGUUCGUAAGGAAGUAUUCAUGAAGGCAUGAUAGUUAUUUGUUGAUGUGUUGUGCUGUUAAUGGUAGCCAUGGUUUCUCUUGAAGUAUUUUAGGAGCAGUUCCAUAAGUUAAAAGAGGUUGAAGAGAGGAAGGAUCAACUUGUUGAGGGUAAUAAAUUGUUUUCAUACCCCGCUGACAUCGCUAACAGAUGAUUACUAUUGAUAGAAAUUGUUUAUCCGUAUCAAGGAGCUGGAAAGUAGUCUUACGGAGACGAAGUUACAUCUUGAGUGUGAACAGGAUACUGCGAAAUUGUACCAGUCGAAGCUCCUUGAUGUGCAGGCGAAUCUUGGGAGAAUCGAGGAAAGAAUAGUAUGGUUGCCAAGAAAAACUGCUUUAUUGAACAUGUUUAUUGACUGCAUCUGAAGGAUUCCAAUAGUUUUGUGUCGGUUUUGAUUGAUGGUGAUUGCAUGCCGGUAUGUAGGAAUUCAUUUCUUUUGAGUUAUAAAUACGUCGUCAGUUCUGUUCCUAGCUAAGUAAGGUGAGUUUUGCGAUGAUCUCGUCAAAUCAUUUCAGCAAGGAGGGCUGGAAGCAGUCCAGCGCUUAAAGACCAAAGUGGGCGAGUACGUUUCGAAGGAGCUUGUGUUACCAAUCCAGACUUCAAUUCGCAUUCGGAUCUAUGCAAAUGAGAAAGGCUUGGCAUCGGCAUACAUUCACACAAAAUUUUGGAUAGUGUAGAUGGCCUUGAUAUGUUUGUUCGUGGUUUUAAUAUGGGAUAUCCCACGUGCGAUUACGUCGAUGUGGGCGACGGGAAAGAAUGUGCGGAUUCGAAACUGAAAGGUAAUUUCUAAAAAUUCACGGAAUGUGCAAAUUCUUCGUAACUGGAAGACAUCCACUGAUAUACGUUGUAGAAUGUUUCAAUCACGAUAUGGCCGAUGUUCAGUGUCGAGCAGUCAUAUUCGGUGGGUCUGCGGAUAAUGGGUAUGCGCGGCUUCUCCAGCCUUACGUGGGUGUGGUGCGAAGAGUAGUCAAAUCGUUUUGCUUGAAGGACCACCAUUUGCUAAGGAAUUAGCAAUCCUGAAAGAGAAGUUCUCUGUUGCUCGCCUGCCUGGUGUGUUCAGAAAAAAAAAAGGCUAUCAACCCGGCGAGUGUCAUUCUCGACGACGCCUCCUCGAAGCGCCACCCCAAAUAUCCCCAGCUAUGCUACAACAGUGGUGAGCCAUGCCGAUUCAGAUGCGCUCAGUAUUGAUGGAGCUAGUGAUCAUUUGGUAGCUACUCCCAUACAUCGGCGCUAUCCAGUACCGCGAAACAGUAAGGGGCAACGUCUCGAAUCCAUCAUUACCCCGCCCCAACCGCUCUUGAAUAUGAUGAGAAGCAAAAAACAUUGCAACAUGUUCCAUUUUCUGGGAGAAUGUUCAUAUGAUCAAUGCAGCUUUCUGCAUGGGACAAGACUUGACAAGAAAGGGAUUGAUGCUCGCCGGUUCAUCUCACGGUACAAACCAUGUCCAUCCAAGUUGGAGUGCCAAGAUGAAAAAUGUUUGCUGGGCCAUCAGUGUCCUGAAAAAGCGUGUGCAAAAAUUGGAAAGGGUUGUCGUUUUACCAAAGAGAUGCAUAAUGUUGAUAGGUCUUGAGAUUGGCUAUCGUGGUGUGUUGGUGUUGGAUCUGGGAGACGAGACAUUUCCUCAGAUACCGGUGUUUUGCAGAGUGUUUCAUAAUGGAGAGAUUGGAAUAUCUGGAGGGAUGUAUGUAAAAUCCAAUGGGAUUUGGGAGUGGUAAUCGUGGGUUUUUGGUUUAUUUGGUCUUCGAGUAGGGUUGAUUCAUCAAUGCUCGUGCAUCAAUCCCUCGGUUAGCCCUUAUAUCUCCACUCAUCAUCCACCAUCCAUCCACACCUCCACUCUACCUCCAUCCAAAAAAAGCUGCGCAGCGAAAAGGCUGAAAAGAAUGUGAUGAAGUCUCAAAAACCUCCCAAAAAAGCAAAAAUAUGAUUCUCUCAGGCGUGAGUCGAACACGCG